UCACCCUGUUUGUGUAUAAAUAGAUCUUCAGCCUCCUCUGCCUUCAGCAGGGUUUAGUUUCAGGAGCAGCUGCUCUCAGACAGACAGACAGACAGGUGGUAGGUGAGACAGGUGGAGGACAGACGGACAGAUAAUGGACAGACAGGCAGACAGACAGGAGGUGUGGUUGAAAUGAUGGAAUGAAUUUAAAUGUCUGUUUUGAAUGGAACCCCUUUGAUCACUGAUGUUGAUCCUGUUAGACGUCCUGAAGCGGAUGCAGAUCUGGUUCUGGGGCUUCCUGGUGGUCCAGAGGUUUGGGGUGAUGAUCGCUAUCGUCCCGUGUCCUCUGUCCCGUGUCCACUGUAAUGAACCCUCUGCUAGUUAUAAUAUAUAUCAUAAUGUACUGUGAUGUAUUAUUAUUAUACAGGGCUGAAACAAACGCUCAUUUUCAUUAUCGAUAAAUCUGCAAUUUAUUUACAGGAUUAAUCCAUUUAAAUUUGACCAAAAACCCUAAAAACUAAAUAUUUUCAGUUUACUAUCACGCAAAGAAAAACUGACCCAGAAAAUAUGAUUUUCAUUGUAAAGAUAUUUGCUACUCGAUGAUGCAUGAUAGACUCAUUCAGCUCUCAUGUGAACGUGCGUGUUGUCGUACUUUAUAUGUACAACGUACUCAACUUGAAACCUCUCAUCACAGGUUCACAGGUGUGUCUGCUUCGUACGGAGCGAGGUCAUGGUUUCACCUGCGAGGUCAUGGUUUCACCUGCGACCUCGUGGACUCAUCAGCUGUGUGUUGUGUCAACAGGCGAGGAUAGCGUUCCUUCAGGGGGAGAGGAAAGGUCAGGAGAACCUGAAGAACGACCUGGUCAGAAGAAUCAAAAUGUUAGAAUACGCUUUAAAACAGGAAAGAGCAAAAUACCACAAGUUAAAAUAUGGAACGGAGUUGAACCAAGGAGAGAUGAAGAUGCCAAGCUUUGAAUCAGACACCAAAGACUCCGAGGUCUCUGCUGUUCCCGCCAACAGUCAGCUCACUUGGAAACAAGGGAGACAACUCCUCCGACAGUACCUGCAGGAAGUAGGAUACACGGACACCAUCCUGGACGUUCGUACUCAGAGGGUUCGCUCUCUGCUCGGCCUGUCGGGCUCCGAGCAGAACGGUUCUGUGGAGAACAAGAACCUGCAGCACCUGAUCAACGGGACGGAGCGCCGCAAGGAUGGCAAGAGGAGUCCAGGUGACGUUCUGGAGACGUUCAACUUCCUGGAGAACGCAGAGGACAGCGACGAAGACGAGGAUGAGGAGGGAGACCUGAUGGACGACAUCAGCACGGACAAACACCACCGAGCCAAGAAACACAAGACCAAGGUGGGGAAUGAGGGCUUGGCGUCGGAGGACGACGCCGACACAGAGGAGGCUCUGAAGGAGUUUGACUUCCUGGUGACGGCGGAGGACGGAGAGGGAGCGGGCGAGGCUCGGAGCUCCGGAGACGGGACGGAGUGGGCGGAGCCCCUCCCCUUUCCUCCCGGGGGGGGGAAGUCCUUCCUGUUGGGCUCAGACGACGUGUUGGAGAGCGUGUUGGGUUUGGGCGACCUCGCCGACCUCACCGUCACCAACGACGAGACGGACUACAGCUACGACCUGCCGUCCAAUAAGGAGUCUUCGUUCAGGAAGACGUGGAACCCAAAGUACACGCUGAGGAGCCACUUCGACGGGGUUCGAGCGCUCGCCUUCCACCCGGUGGAGCCGUGUCUGGUCACCGUGUCAGAGGACCAGACACUGAAACUGUGGAACCUCACCAAGACCGUCCCUGCCAAAAAGUACACACACACACUUCUAAUCACACACCUGUACCCGCACACA